AGCAGGAAGCAGGACAGAGACAGACCGACAGAAAAAAAAAGGCACAGCACAGAGAAUAGAAGGGAAGGCAGAGCAGCAGUGUCAGUAUCUCUCUCUCGCUCUCACAAGGCUCCGUGGAUGCAUGCUAUCUACCAGUCAAAUUUCCAUCCUGAAAGGACUCGCGAAAGACCCUUGAAUGAUGGACGACUAAGCUAAACCUCUGUCACUCAGGCUUAUCACCUGUGGGCACUACACUACCUUUGGGAAUUGAGAUUACAAAGCCCAACAGGGAAGGAAAGAAGUCCGACAGACCCAAGAUCACUGAGGAAUGGUCUUUGUCUAGAGAAUCAAUGAUGGAAUGUAACGGAGGAAGAGCACAAGCGAUGGGGAUGUCAAAUGGACAUGACAUUUUUCUCUGCUUCAAUCAAUUCCUCUUUUGCAGUAUGUAAAGGAUAAAGUGGGAGUAAAAAGGCUGUGGAUGUCCAAGAGUCAAGGGAUCCCUCCAUUCUGUCAUCUCUACUUUCUCCCUUCACUGUUCUCUGGAAUAUGAAAUCACAAACCUGAUGUGGUCCGACAUAAGCUACUAUGGACCAUCUCCAUAGUAGCACCAUCUCCAGAAAGAUAAAAAGAGGAGUCUGAAGAAUGUACAAUACCUGAAAAGUGGAGAGUAGUGGAGAGAGGAGGAUUGUUCUGGCAUUGGCAUCAUUUUCAGGCGGGGAUGACACUGGAAGCAACGGUUCAAGCACAACAAACAAUGACGAGACAGAGCUUUGCAUGAAAGAAAGCAUUGAUCUUAGUGCACCGCACUGAUGUUGCAAACCACAUGCCCCCCAACGAGGGGCGGGUAUGUGCUAAUUUCUGUGUUUCACAAACAGACUUUUCCCUUCGCCUGAGUGGAGCCAGUAUCCCAAAAGCUAAAGCUCACGGAAGACUUUUCAUUGUCUGUCCAAUUUGAAUAUUUCAUAGAAAGGUUGAUGCAUAUCAAGUGGAACUGAAGAUUGAUCUUGUCAAAUCAAAACAUGGUGGGAUGUUUUGACCUGCACCAGCAAGUUCUUUGUGGCCACUUCGAUACCUGCUGAGCUGGAGAGGACACCUCUGGGAGGGAGUGGCAUCUUCCUCCCAUCAAGAUAAUGCACAACUCCCCCAUGCUGAUCUCUGUAGCCACAAUGAGCAACAUGACGGUGCUUGACAUGGCUGACCCCUAUGACCUUGACAUGAGCUCCUCUGAGGCCAUCUACCCCAUCAGCUUCCAGGUUUCUGUGACAGGCUUCCUGUUUUUGGAGAUAGUUUUGGGUCUGAGCUCAAACCUCACUGUGCUAGUCCUCUACUGUAUGAAACAGAACCUCAUCAGCUCUGUUUCCAACAUCAUCACCAUGAAUCUACACGUGGUGGAUGUGUUGGUAUGUGUAUGCUGCAUCCCGCUGACAGCGGUGGUGGUGCUACUUCCUUUGGAGGCAGACACAGCCAUGAUAUGCUGUUUCCAUGAAGCCUGUGUCUCUUUUGCAAGUGUAGCUACUGCUGCUAACGUCCUGGCCAUCACUGUGGACCGCUAUGACAUCUCAGUGCGGCCAGCAAACCGUGUGCUUACAAUGAGCCGAGCUGUGGCUCUGCUUGGAUCUAUUUGGGCUUUAUCCUUUUUCAGUUUCCUGGUUCCUUUCAUGGAAGUAGGUUUCUUCAUCACCUCUGGUUCAGACCUUGUGAACCAGACUGCAGUGGUCACAGUGGCUCAUACAAAUGAGUACUACACAGAGCUUGGUUUGUACUAUCACCUGCUAGCCCAAAUCCCUAUAUUCUUUUUCACAGCUGUUGUAAUGCUGGUGACUUACUACAAGAUCCUUCAGGCUCUUAAUAUUCGCAUUGGAACACGCUUUCAGCACAACCUACCCAAAAAGAAGCAAAAGAGUAAAAACACUAUCUCUUUGAGCACUGCGACACAAGUAGAGUCGACUGACGCUUCACAGAGCAGCACAGGAGUCAGGGCUGGUGGGAAUGCACCUUUGGGCAUGCGGGCUUCAGUGUCCGUCAUUAUUGCUCUAAGAAGAGCAGUGAAACGUCAUCGGGAAAGACGGGAGAGACAGAAACGAGUCUUCAGGAUGUCUCUUCUCAUCAUCUCCACAUUUCUACUUUGCUGGACUCCAAUAACAGUGCUCAACACCAUCAUACUCAGCACUGGACCCAGUGAUUUGACUGUCCGCCUUCGCUUGGGCUUCCUGGUGAUGGCCUAUGGAACCACGAUCUUUCACCCGCUCCUCUAUGCCUUCACUCGGCAGAAGCUCCAAAAGGCUUUGAAGAGCAAGAUGAAGAAGCGGGUGGUGUCUGUAGUUGAAGCUGACCCUACACCGAACAAUGUGGUCAUCCAUAACUCAUGGAUUGACCCCAGGAGAAACAAAAAGGUCACCUUCGAGGAUACGGAAGCCAGACAAAAAUGUCUUUGCUCACAAGAUGUGGAGUAACUCAAAUGUAAAUAUGUCAAAUAUGUAAUGUAAAUGUAAAUUACUACACUGGGAGUUACACUCAUAAGAGAAAGUAACAGAAUACAGCAGAAAAAAUGAAAAAAAAUUGUGUUUCCCAGGGAGAUAAUGGAGUAUCAUUUAUGCAUAUAAGUGGAAAGUAUGGAAAGUAAGUGGAAGAAAGACUGAGUCUCAACGAGCUAAAUUAUAGUGGGCUCAUUAACAAUGGAGUACAUGCAUCUUGGACAGCUUACUAAAUGAGUACUUAAAUGAUGACCACAGAAAAGAUGUGUUCCCCAAGGAAUAAAUGCAAAAAACUGAGGGGGAUUUCUGAAUAUAAACACCACAUUUAAAAUGGAAACUACCAGCAGCUGAAUGUAUGUGAGUUCAAGGAUUGCAUUUACAGUAGAUUUUUCAUUCAGUGCAAAAAUGUCUCAAAAUAGGUACCAUAGGCACAUGAAGAGGGUAAUUUAUUGCUAUUUAUUAUGGAAUUUCAUGGCGUGCUACCAGGACCGUUCAGUCACGACCCUGUAUCUAAGCAGCAGUGUAUGUUGUUCUCUGGUUAGCAUAAUAUGAGACAAAUGUCUAUAUACAGUCAUAGAAUAACCUGAUAUUGUUUGUCACCAUUUGUAAUAAACAACCAAAGGCACAAUAUGUGUCAGUAUCUCUC